AUGCCAGAUUCCGCACAUGUAUUUAUGGAAAAUGUUUUUCAUUUAACGGGAUAUUUGCAUCGAUUACUUUUCCUUAUGAAAGAACUUGAUAUAAAGGAACAUGAAAUUAGCAAAACUAUUGAAGAAAAAGAAGAACUUUAUUUAGAAAAUUUAAAUUAUAUUCAUAAACAAACUAUAAAAAAACAGUCUAUACAUAGCCAAAAUGAUACCCACAGUGAAUAUUUAGAUAAAAAUGAUCACUCAAUUAAUCAGCAAUUAGUAGACGAAAAUGAUCAUGAAAUUUCUAAUAAUAAUAUGAACACCCAUAUGGAUACAUUUUCGAAAAGAGAAGAGAAUCUGAAAUUAGAAAUUUCACCUGAUGAUAAUAAAAUAAAUAAUGAUUUUGAAACAGAAUAUGUUAAUAAUGAAAAAUUAACAAAAUGUAUAAAAACAGAAAAUGAUGAAAAACAUAUCAAAGAAACGGAAGAAACAUCAUUUAGUAGUGAACAAUUAAAAGAAAAAAAUAUUCCAUCACAAUCAGAUAAUCCUAAUGAUGAAUUAAAAAAUAUAAAUAAAAUACUCACAGAUGAUCAAAUGGAAACAGAUAUGAUGGUACACAAUAUUGAUGAUAAUUUAGAUAAAUACGAUAAUAUAAAAAAUUGGAAUACUAAAGAAGAAGAUGAAGACAGUGAUGAUAGAAAACCUGAACUUUUAUUUAAUGAAGACGAAUUAAAUGAAUAUUUAAAUAUAAUAACAAACGAUAGAGAAAGCUGUAUGGCUCUAUUAAGAGAAAAGAUAUGCAUAAAUAACCAAAUAUCUUAUAUGAUCAAAAGUUAUUAUGAAAAAUUAAAAAAACAAUAUGAUAAAUUAUAUAUUGAAAUGGAAAUGAAUGGAGAAACGCCUCCUAAUAUAUAUAAUACAAAUAAAAAUAAAAAUGAAUAUCCUGAUUUUGAUGAUAAUGUAAAUAUAAAUAACAAUAUAAACGUUAUGAAUAAUACCACAACCAGUGGAAGAAACAAAGGCAAUUAUGCCAACUCAGCCGUAGGUGCAUCAUCUGUUGCUAACUAUACAAAUGAAAAUUAUCAAUAUGAUGCUUACGACUUUGAAUGUACUAAAGAAGAUGAUAAUGAAAUUUUGAAUAAAAUGAAUAACCGAAAACAUAGUGUUAAAUAUGAUGAAGAUUAUAACCCAUAUAAUAGUGAAAAAAGUAAAAAAAGUAAAAAAGCAAAAAGAAAUAGAUCAGAUAGUGCACAUUCAAAUAAAUUAUCAAAAAAUAAUAGUGCAAAAUCUAGUCAAAAUAUUGGGACAAGUAAAAAUGUCAAUCCUAUAGAAAAUAAACCUAAUAAAAUGAGAAUAACAAUUGGAUCUUUGGCAGAUUCUCAUUUGAAAAAUAAUGAAACUUUAAAAAUAAAUAAAGAUAAUAAACCAGAGAAAACUGAAAACAAAGAUCCAGAAGACCUCCUAUUUAAUGAUGGGAUUAAUGGUGAUGAUCAUAUUUCCGAACAGGACGAUAAAAAUGAUGAAAAAAAAAAUGAAAAAAAUACCCAUAAAAAUAAAAAAGCACAAAAAUAA